GGGCUGUUUGUUCCUGCUGGAAAUGUUAGACCUAGACCAGCAAAGCAUGCAAAGAGACAAAGCUAUGUGGAGAUUGGGCCUGUGGUUGUCCUGUUAGUCCGCAGGGCUGGACUUAUGUCUGAUUUAUGACAUUCAAGACUGAGCUGUAAGCUGCUGUGCCUGCCUGGCCUAUUGCAUUGGUUGAGGCUGUCUGUCCAGCAAAAUGUGCAAUAUGACCAGCCCAGGAUCAAGAUUAAAAAUCAUAUUUCCACCUAAAAAUAAAUAAAUAAAUUGUUUUUGAGUGCCUUGGCUUCUUUCCAUUAGUCUUAAUGCACUUGUAUAAAUAAUAGAAGAGGAAGAAGCAGAACUAGAGAAGGUUCGGUCUAUAAACACAUCUUUCUGCAUGAAGUCUUGUGGCAGAAUGGAGGACAUCUCCUGCCAUCCAUGCCAUCUCUUUAAUCAUGUAAUUAUCUUCCUCAUUUUCACUGCUGCAUCUUCUUCCUUGUUGCUGAUAAUGGAACUUCUGUUUACUCUGGCUUCUUUCUGGAGUGUGGCUUUGGUUUCAAAGCCAGCACAGUGGUGUAUUUUGAAUAAUUUAGUUCUGGGUGGCUUGAAGGCUGUGUAAUUUCCCAGCUGAGACUGGAGGCUGAUUCCUGUAAGUGUUGUGCCAGGAGGCUGAUCUGGAGCACGGCAGCAGGAUUGUUCAGAGUGGUGGGUCACUGAGGCAGCAGAGGACUGAAAGCUGAUUCAGCAGGCCCUGUGAGUGCAUCUCGGCUCUCUCCACUCUGUGUCUCAGGAGGACUUGCAGCAGGAUACCCACAGACAGAGAAAGGAGAAGGAAGGAGCUGCAUUUAAAAAUGUUCUUGGUGGCUGAAACGUGGAUUUUGGGUACUUGCCUGAGCAUUAUAUGCUUUCCCAGCAGGGAAAGAAUUUCCUGGGGUCUCUGAAUGCAGGUUUUGCUUGGUCUGUUGUAAAUCUGUAGUUGCUUGGACCUGGAUCUAAAAUUCUAUGGAGUAAAAGAGGUAAGAACAGGAAUUCUUCAUGGUGUCUGGCUGAUGGGCCCUUGUCCCAGUCAUCGUUGGCUUUGGUUUUGGAAAGGCUGAUUAGUUUCUCUGUAUGAAACCUUGGCAGAAGGCCAUCUAUGUUCAUGUUCUCCCUUGUACUGUUUGGCCUUGUGGCUUGCUAAUUGCACUUUGCUGUUGUAGUUAUCACCCUGUCAUGCUCUGUAACUACUACCCAGCCUUCACUGUGCAGGGUCAUGCAGGCACAGCUACAUCACUUUUGCCUUGUAAACAGAGAAGCCAAGGCUCACCCCAAGAAGUCUGCUAUGCCAAGGAUCAAGCCUUCCCAAAACCUUCUUUCCUGUCUGCUUAAUAACUGGACAGCGAUGCAUUUUCAAUCUCCAAAGAAAAGGGAAUCUUAGACUAGCUCCCUUCAUCUCCACUUUGCCCUGUGCUGCACACAGAGAAACAGUUACACAAAUCCAGGUGAUGGGCGGUGUGUUCAAGUGCUGAGAUAGUGCAGAGCUGGGGUCAGUGUGAGGAGGGCUGACAACCAGGCCUGUCUCUUCCACAAGUGAAGGCACUGCUGAACCAUGGAACAACUCCAUUUUGAAGGGAGUUAAUUGAAUCCCCAGCUAACAUCCAAAUUAGAUAAAUUUCUUGGAGCCUUGCCCCUUAUGAAGAGAGCUUAUGAUUGGAGUGAUACAUUCUCUCCGUGCCAAGACAAAGUCCCUCAAUGUGAGAAUCCAUGGUUGGUAGGAAACUCUGCUCCUGGGUCAGAUCUGCAAUUCCAAACCCAGCCAAGGACCCUCAGACUGUGCCCAGUUCAGCUGUUGAUUCUCCAGCUGCACUGAUGCCCCAGAGAGCUGUUUGCCAGGGAGCAGAGAAGCAGCUGGCUGUGCUGUGUGAAGCGCCUGCCUUUUCCCAAGACACCCAUUGUCUGUCUGCAGUAUCAGCCUCCACCCUACUUGCUCACUCAGCCGUGGCUGAUGUGUCUUUAAUUAAAGAGGAGGAACAAUGUGGGAUUAUUUUCUUUCCUAAUCUGGUUUCCUAUUUCUAUCAGGCUUUGAGCCCCCUCCUCUUAUUUUAGUCUUGCAGUGCUGUCCUUGCUUUUAUGGAGUGUUUGCUCUAAAAUAAGAAAUAGGAAAACCAACAAACAAAACCCCCAGCUUGUUUGGGCCAAGGAAUUAAGAUCUUGGGUCAGAUGGCUGCUACAGUCAUUAACAUAUUUACAUUUUUGCUUAAGAGCCUGGUUGAGGAUCAAGGGAGUUAGGAGUGAUUGUCAUUGAAAUGUGGAGGAAACCUUGCAUGAAAUUGCCAUAAGUAUCCCGUUGUUUGGGGGGUGGUGGGGGGGCAGUCAGCCUUCCCCAGCCCUGCAGUGGUUGAGUUGCACUUGUCUGUCCAAGUACACGGGCAGAGGCAGAAGUAACCAAGCAUAAGGAAGCCCCUGGGCUGCUUUGGUGCUGGGAGGCUCAGUGCUGUGGGGCUGGAGCUCAGUGCAGCCAUGCUGGCUGCCAGACGCCGUCCAGCCUCCCUGUGAGACAAAGGUGCUCGAUUGAGCUUGUGGGACAAGUGGAUCAUCAUGGAUAAGCACAUGAAGCGCCUAGCAAAGUUUGAUCCUGACAACACUGGCUACAUCAGCACAGAGAAGUUUCGUUCCCUUCUCCAGAGACACGGCUCAGAGCUGGACCCCCACAAGCUGGAGGUCCUCUUGGCCCUGGCAGACAGCAACUCAGAGGGGAGGAUCUGCUACCAGGACUUCGUCAACCUGAUGAGCAACAAAAGGUCGAACAGUUUCCGCCAAGCCAUCCUUCAGGGCAACAGGAGGCUGUGCAGCAAGGCGCUGCUGGAGGAAACAGGGCUGAGCCUGUCGCAGAGGCUGAUUCGACACGUUGCAUAUGAGACCCUACCACGAGAGAUAGACCGCAAGUGGUACUAUGACAGCUAUACAUGCUGCCCUCCGCCCUGGUUCAUGAUUACUAUCACCAUUGUAGAGGUUGCCUUUUUUCUUUACAAUGGAGUGGUGCUAGACAGAUUUGUGCUGCAAGUCACCCAUCCCUUAUACCUGAAGAAUGCAUUACUAUACCAUCCUCAACUCCGUGCUCAGGCUUGGAGGUACCUGACCUACAUAUUCAUGCAUGCAGGGAUAGAACACCUUGGACUCAAUGUUGUCCUUCAGCUCUUGGUUGGGGUUCCCCUGGAAAUGGUGCAUGGAGCUGCGAGGAUCAGCUUUGUGUACGUUGCUGGAGUUGUGGCAGGGUCCCUGGCAGUGUCAGUAGCUGAUAUGACUGCACCUGUGGUAGGCUCCUCUGGAGGUGUGUAUGCGCUUGUCUCAGCUCACUUGGCCAAUAUAGUCAUGAACUGGUCAGGAAUGAAGUGCCAAUUCAAACUGCUGCGCAUGGCUGUUGCCUUGGUCUGUAUGAGUUUUGAAUUUGGAAGAGCUGUAUGGCUGCGAUUCCACCCCUCCGCCUACCCUCCAUGCCCACACCCCAGCUUCAUGGCUCACCUGGGAGGGGUGAUGGUUGGGAUCACCCUCGGUGUCAUUAUCUUGAGGAACUAUGAGCAGAGACUCCAAGAUCAGACUUUAUGGUGGAUCUUCCUUUCUAUUUAUCUAAUCUUUGUGUUGUUUGCCAUCUUCUGGAACAUUUUUGCCUACAGCCUGUUGGAUUUGAAGCUACCUCCCCCUCCUUGAAUGCACGGGACAGGAAACUCUGGAGAGCAGAAGUAGUCUGCCAGCUGCAUUAUACGAGACAAGAUGGAGGGUCUAUUUUUAUAUUUAACUUAGGGGAGGAUGACUAUUUUGAACACAGCUGUGUGUGGAAGAAGAUGCUUAAAGGUCUCACAAGUGAAUGGACUGAUCAGUUUGUUAUUAAGUCUAGAUGUACUGUAAUGCUGGCUGGCCUGGACCCUGCAGUUUCUUCACUGCUAGGGUUUCCAUUGGGCAACUUGAACCUGGACGUUUAUCACAUGGUUUGUUAGCACACAUCGAUAUACUGUAUGGAAUAUUUGUGUUUUCCUGGUCAGUGCUGGAAUUACAGCCAGUUGUUGAAUGAAUCUCCCCAGUAUUACUAAACACAAGAAGGGAAAAAGAGUGGUCAGUUACAAACUAGAGACUUGCAUGAUACUCCCAAGGCAGGCUGGGUUUGGUUUCUACAGAUACAUUUGACUGUUCAGCCAUACCAGUGCCGCUGUCUAAUUACUUGAAAGGUUCCUUAAAAAUUUAAGCCUUUAGCGGAACUUGUUUUAUGCACCUUUCAAAGGGAUCAGCAGAACUUUAUCACCCAAAGUGAUGGAGACUGGUCUUUCAACUACAGGUCAAAUGAAAUUGCACUAUAAACCAUGGAAACUCUUUAGAGUGAUGUGGACGCCCGGCUAGAGGUGAAUUUACCAUGCAUGUUUUACUUGAUUUAUACUUUUUUUUCCCUGGCCUGUUGUGGCUACAGCUUGUGGCUGGGGUUUCUUUUUGAGGUGUGGAGGAAAGGAAGGCAAAUGUUCAGUUUUGAUUUUGUCAGUUGACAAUGGGGUUUUCUUCUCACUUUAUUUGGUAUAUAUAUAACCAGGUUAAAUCAAUACAACCAAGCAAGGAUCUCAACUCUUCCAACAGGCUCCAGCUUUAGAGCCAUGCAGUCUGUUUGAAGCCAGCUUUGUCCACUGAAGGUAGUGGAGUUAAAUGAGGGUGUCUGGCUGGUUUCCUUCUGAAGUGGAAAGGAGUGUUACAGAGACCAUUGUGAAGUUCAUAAAACUGGUUUUCAAAUGGCUGCUGAAAUGUGAGGAUGGCAAGUCAUUCUGAGGCAAUGGAAGUUCGGAGAAAGCAACAGUCAGGUUUCAGCAUAGGUCAAGCCCAGGUUUUAGUAAUCUGGUUUGAAGCACAGUCCAUACAACAGACUGGAAUGUCUGCAUAGUGCGUGCCUAUGCAAGGUGCAUAUUCAAGUUUUGCUUCUCACUUUGGAGAGCUGCCAAACUGUAGUUGAGGAACUUGGAUGCCUUCCUUUUCUCUCCCCUUUUUUGCCCAUCUAGUUUGGUAGUUUGGAUAAAGCAGAAAUGGGAGUCUUUGUAGAUCAGCUCCUUUUCUCCUUUUUCUUUGCAGCUUGGUGCCCAGCCCCUGCCAGCCUCCAUGGCACAUCUCAUGGGCAGUGCAGCAGCUGUGUUUUCUCUGUGGCAAAUUGUUUUUGUAUCACAGGCUUUAUUCUCUCAGUUGUGUAAUUGGUGCUGCCACAUGAAACCACAAACUGGUGGGAACCUGUCUUUCUAGAGGGGAUGUUCCCAAGAAAUCAUCAACUGUAGUUCCCCUAUUUGCCUUUAUAGGAGAAAUCUCUCCAGAAGGUACAAGUUCUGCUCCUGUGGUAUCUGCUGGUAAAAAUCCUGUUGCCUCAGGGAAAGAGAAGGGGAAGAAGGAAAAGUGUCUCUAUAGCUGGGGAUAAGCGUUAUCUGUAAAAGAACCAAGUUUUGCUACGUUUGUGCACAGAAAUGGAAUCUCAGAGGGCACCUUUCUGCAUGACUGGCACGUUGUUUGUGGGCCCUCAGAUCAAGGGACAAAGGUUGGAGCUCUAUUCUGUCUGAAGAAACGGGCUCAUUCCGUGUGCUAUUCCAUCUCAGCAGAUUGGAUUCAGGUCAGGGCAGUCACAAAACUUGAUGUGCAUUGCUUCAGGUCAGGAGCUGGUCAGUGAGUUCCAUGCUGGUGGAGAUUGUCUCCCUGGAGAGCCACAGACAUGCAGGAGGGGGGAACUAGAAUGCAGAGAAAAGCAUGGCUAAUGCCAUUCUUUCUUCACCUAUUGUUAAGCCUUUCUGAAUACAGAUGCCUUUAAGCCAGAGGUGAGCAGGAAAUGGGAAUCGCCCUGGAAUUUUUCCUAAAACUUUGAAAAUCUAGGUAGGAAACAUCAGUCACAAUAAAGCUCAGAUUAUUUUGCCUAUAAUUUAUCGGAGUCUGGUAUCCACAGACUGACUUUUAGUUUUGGUUUCUCAGCCAAAAUCUACUUCACGUCCAUCCCAUUCACUGUCUGAGCAAACCUGAAGCAGCCCUGGGGAUCAGGAAGGUCGGACUCGAGCAGUACCAGAUUUUUGUGGGUGAAGAAAUGAAAGCCUCUCCCAUUCCUGCUUAGCAGAGCUGAAAUAUCUCCCCAUGUAUAGAGCAGAUUAUAUGCAGAGCUUGUUGUCUAUUACGAGUAUCAGCUUAUGCAGUCAGGAGCAUUGUGAAGUGCUAAAGUUUUUAUAAUUGUUUAUAUCACUAAAAUUAUAUUGUGAAAACUUGUUAUAUUUUUACAGAGUAUCAGGAAAGCCAGUUACAUUGUUUUUUUAAUGCACCCAGAAGUGCCACAGUGCUGCAGUGCCAGAGAGCUAACAGCAAACAGGCUUUGCUUUUACCUCCAGGUGUCCUUGGUGCUGCUGCCUUAUGGCAGCGCUUCAGUGUUCUCCAUCCUGCUCACCUGUGGUUCCAGCUGCUCACAGUGGGCAGUGUGUUCCUGAAGGAGCCAUCUGCUGAGGGCUGGUUUUGGUGAUUGCUUUGGUUUUAUUCCAGAUGCUGCCAAGAUUUUACAUUGGUCAGAUAAACAGAAAUGAAUCUUUUGUAUGAAUGUGCAGCGCCCGAGCGGCAGACGGGGGCUGUUAGCAGUGCACAGAUUCGUUGGAGGAGUUUAUUUUGUGCCCACGUCCUUGAGUGAGGACACAGCCGGCAGAGCCGCCGCUCUGUGCGGGACUUCCAGGCCGGUUGUGCAGCUCGUGCAGGGACACCUGCCGGCAGCACCGGCACAGCGCACAGCCAACCUGAGCCCGGCCGCCCCGAGCUGGGAGCAGCAGCCCGGACAGCCGUGCCGAUGGUGGGAGGCCGCCUGGUACAGUCCGUGCUUGCAGACUGUUAUUCCUCCAUGCUUGGACGCAGGUAGAGAUUAAUUUUGCGAGUUGGAGUUGGAAGGAGAGGAUGGGUGGGAGCGGAGCUUGCCAGAAACCAGCACUGAGCGAGGCAGAUGAAUUCACUUUUACUAAGUUUCUAAGCCAACACCUUGUCUUUUAUUUUCCCCAUUAGUCAGUGGGGCAGCUUAGCACUUCUGUGGGACACUGGGUUUCUACACUCCUUGCUCUUUCAGCAGAAGGAAACAUCAACAGGGAUGGGGAGGGCAGAGAAGUUAUUGUCUGAAGCUGCUGGACUAGACAUAAAGCUUAAGGAUUCCGUGUCCCAAGACUGCUGGAUUACACUGCCCUUGUUUUCUAAGUCAAUUAUGUAGCUUCAGUUUGAACUGGGUGUGAAGGAUGGAAUCUGACGCCUUUAGAGCUGAUACAGUACCAGCUAUCUGCUGACCAUACGUGGCAGCUGCUGCUUCGUGCCAACAUUUAGGCUUAAAGGAUCACAGAUACGGUUUGCACACAUCAGUGGGUAAAAAAACUUGAGUCUGUGUAACUGCACAGAUGUUAAGUUCAGCUCAACUGCUUUGGAAACCCCACUGGCUUUACCUGAAUAGAGCUAGAAAAUAUAAAUGCAGUUCAAUACCAGCAACCUCUGGAGGCAAACCAGGAUCCAGAGAAAAGCAACACCUCUGGGGUUCCAGCCUCCAUGAAAAUCACUGCUGUUCUGUUUCCUUUAUAGUAGGGGCUGCUCUGUAAUGUGACUCAAACAUUCCUCCUGCGGUCACUGAUGCCGAGAGCUGGUUGUAAAGGAAAGCAAUGCAUUUUGCAGCUCCAUAAAGGAAGAACUGCACCUAAGACAGAAACCAAGCUCGUUCAAAGGUAAAUGUACUUUUAAUGUCAUCAUUAAUCAAUGGCACUUAAUUGGAAAAAGUUUUCUAAUGAGAUAUUCCUGAAAUGCCAGUAGUAGUUCAGAAAAUUUAUGUAUCAGGGUACUCGAUACAGAGCACAAAGUAUUCCCCAGGCCUGAUUUAAGUAGCAACAACCUUAAUUUCUAAUGAGCUUAAUAGAUAUGUUAGUCAUGUUGCCUGACUCCCCCGGUGUCUGAUUAGUUGGCAAAUAAAGGUAGUUACUCAGCUUCUCUUUUGCUUACACUACUAAUCCUAACAACAAAUCCAAAUGUUAACCACAAAGCACUAAACAGUGUAAUUUUCUGCCUUAAAAUGCUGAACAAAUGAUACUUUCCCGCUAAGGGCUGGUAAAACAAAGCGAUAUUUGCAAGGUAACACAGGAUGGUAUGUUUCCAAAUAUUUUUGUAUCGCGUACAUUCUGGAUGUCUUUGUUGUAACGUUAUUUGAGCGCAGAAUCCAUUAAAUUCUUUUUGUUGGUGGA